AUGUACGCCACAGUGCCGAUUCUGACGUUGGGGCCAUACUCCCUCGCCCUUGUGGCGGGGCUCCUGCUGUACUGGAACACCUCUCUAAUCGUUUCGCGGGUGCUGACCGCCUUCAUUGUCUCCAUGAUCGCCAUGAAGGUGGACCUGGCCUUUCACCUGUUCUUUAGCUGCUGCCACCGGGUCGUCUCUCUUCUGUGUCGCUUCCGCACGUUCUGGAGCCCGAACGACUCCCUCGACUUCCUCCAGACGCAGUCGCAGUUCUACUCCAUUGCGGACGUGGUGAGCCUCGCAUUGCUGGUCGGCAACGCCAUGCAGUUUUGGACAGCCGCCUUGGUGACGCGCAUCGCCCUCUCCGCUCUUGCCACCCGCACAGAGCUGAGCAUUCGCUGGUGGCAGUCGCAAUCCACAGCCGAGCAUGCCCUUUUUGUUUUGGGGUCUCUCUUGUGCUGCACGGGGUGCGCGCUGCAGUGGGCUUACUAUACCCUUCUCCCAACUGAGGAGAGGACCCAGGGUGGGACAGGCUCGCUUCUGAUGUGGUACACGUCCAUUGUGUAUAUUGUAGAAGUGGGACUGCGCAGCGCAUGCACGCUGGCGACGACGGUGAUGCGGAUGUGGGGCUACAGAGUACUCAAGUCGCUGGCCAGCCAAGUCGAUCACAUCUCCGUGCGAGCACUCGAGGACUCCGGCCUGAACCCGUUCUCCGAGGUGCACGACCUCUACAUGCAGUACCUCUACGCUGUCGCGUGCGCCGCCACGGCGUGGUACUACACCUCGUCCUCUACCCCAAUGUGGAUGCAGUGCUUCAUGCUGGUGCGCCUCUACUUCAUCACGCUGGCCUCCGGCAAGCUGCACUACUAUCGCCAGGUGCUUGAUCGCUUUCCUUCCGUCACCGCGGACCCGACGAAGACGUGUGGCAUCUGCCUCGACGACUUUGUGGAUGGAGAGAAUGUGAAAUGCCUGCCGUGUGGGCACACGUUCCACGGAGCGUGUGUGCGCUCCUGGCUCAUCCGCGCUGCUGUGUGUCCGACGUGCCGGCAACCUGCUGCGCAAUCGCGUCACCACCACUUCGCGGCGGCUCACCAUGAGCGCAUUUCACGGCAGCCGCAGGUUUCGCUGGAUAUGCGUAUACCUGCAGCUGGCGGCGGCUUCACGGGGUCGCUGCAGCCGCUUGCCCCGCGGCUGCCAGCCGCCGCUCCCCUAGCCCGUGCAUCAAGCCAAUAUAUAAGUCGCAGCGGUGCUGAAACGCAGUCGCAGUCGCCAUCGCUUCCAGUCGAGCUUCGAAGGCUGCCACAUUAUGAAGAGCUACAACGCGUCGAUGCCAAACGCCGGUCGCUCGCCCUUCACCGCCAGCAGCAGCUCAUCUCAGAAGAAACGGAGGGUCGCGUGAGAGAACAAAGCGCCGCCAUCGAUGCCCUUCUUUUUACGGAGACGCCGCUCCUUCCGGCAGAGUCAACGUCGCUGCCCCCACAGCACGGCACUUCAGGACGUCGCAAGCGGCAGCGACCGCCGCCGGAAAGCACUGCUGGAAGCGUCACAAGCGCGCGACACGCAGCUUUUUCUGGAGCUGCAGCAACAGAAGACGUGUCAUCGCGGCGGAGAAUGGAGUAG